GGCUGGAAACCAAAUUAAUGUCCAAAGAAGAGCUUAGGGACUUAGUAACAUUCUUUUCAAAAAUAACUAUCUGCCAAAAUGUCAUUACACACUACUUAUAAUAGAAAUAACAGCGGCGAUAUUCUUGAUAUUCCUCCUUCCCAAAAUAGUUCAUCACUCAAUACCCACACCCACAGUAGCCGACUUAAGCUGCAUUUGAAGUCGGAUAUGUCAGAAUGUGAAAAUGAUGAUCUAUUAUUGAGAUCUGUAGGUAAAGUCAGAGACAUAAAUAGCACUUACAUUAUUUCUGCCAGUAAAAAAACAGGAGAUGUGACCCUUACCCCUAACCCUGUAGGUAGAUUGUCACUUCGGAGAAGAACUACAAGGAACAAAGAAUCGUCUUUGCUUGCUAGUGAGUUGGAAGACACAACUGAAAAAACAUCAGAAACAUGUCUCGCAUUACAACGUGCUCAAACAGAUUCUGCAGAACAAAAACCUACUCAGAGCAAGUGGAAAACAGCUGAAACAGAUUCUGUCAAAAAAUGGCAAAUGACAGCGAAUGUGGGAGGCAAAAUAGGAAGUAAUUGUGUUUCUAAGGAAAGUAGAACAAAUGUAAAGAUUGUAAAUAAUGCUAAAAACUCCUUCGUGGCUUCUUCUGUACCUUUAGAUGAAGACUCAGACUCAAAAGUCAUUGAAAUAAUGGCUAAUAAGAAAUACAAAGAAACAUUUUCUGCCCCCAGUAGGGCAAAAGAAAAUGUUGUGCUUAAGUACUCGCGUAAUAGAACACCCAUUGCUUCCUUGAGUCAGACUGAAGUUGUUAGAUCAGGACACUUGGCAAUGAAACCUACUCAGAGCAAGUUGGAUAUCAAAGUGUCGGGAACAGGAAACUUGUAUCAUAGAAGUAUUGGGAAGGAAACUGCAAAAACUUCAAAUAAAUUUGGGAGCUUAGAAAAGAGGACACCUACCAAAUGUAUAACAGAACACAAAUUGACACCAAAGUGCAGCACACCUCAGCUUAAGAGCCCAGCUCCAUCAAUACUGAAGAAUAGAAUGUCUAACCUUCAAGUUAAACAAAGACCAAAAAGUUCCCUUCUUGCCAAUAAACAGGAAAGGUCAGCAGAAAAUACAAUCCUUCCCGAAGAAGAAACUGCAGGUCAGAACACCUCUGCAGACAAAGACCCCUUAAAAGUAGAGAAUAGUCAAGUGACAGUGGCAGUACGCGUAAGGCCUUUCACCAUGAGAGAGAAGAUUGAAAAAGCAUCCCAGGUAGUCUUCAUGAAUGGGAAAGAGCUAACUGUGGAACAUCCUGACAUGAAACAAGUUUACAAUUUUACUUAUGAUGUUUCAUUUUGGUCUUUUGAUGAAUGUCACCCUCACUAUGCUUGCCAGACAACUGUCUAUGAGAAGCUAGCAGCACCACUCCUGGGAAGAGCCUUUGAAGGCUUCAAUACCUGUCUUUUUGCUUAUGGUCAGACUGGCUCUGGAAAAUCUUAUACGAUGAUGGGAUUUAGUGAAGAACCAGGAAUAAUUCCAAGAUUUUGUGAAGAUCUUUUUUCUCAAGUAGCCAGAAAACAAACCCAAGAGGUCAGCUAUCACAUUGAAAUGAGCUUCUUUGAAGUAUAUAAUGAAAAAAUUCAUGACCUUCUGGUUUGUAAAGGUGAAAAUGGGCAGAGAAAGCAACCACUGAGGGUGAGGGAGCAUCCUGUUUAUGGACCAUAUGUUGAAGCACUGUCAAUGAAUGUUGUCAGUUCUUAUGCUGAUAUCCAGAGUUGGCUAGAAUUGGGAAAUAAACAGAGAGCUACUGCUGCUACUGGUAUGAAUGAUAAAAGUUCCCGAUCUCAUUCAGUUUUCACCCUGGUGAUGACCCAGACCAAGACAGAAUUUGUGGAAGGGGAAGAACACGAUCACAGAAUAACGAGUCGAAUUAACCUAAUAGAUCUGGCAGGCAGUGAGCGCUGCUCUGCGGCUCACACUAGUGGAGAUCGACUGAAGGAAGGUGUGAGUAUUAAUAAGUCCUUGCUAACUUUGGGAAAAGUUAUAUCUGCACUCUCUGAACAAGCAAACCAAAAGAGAGUUUUUAUUCCUUAUCGUGAAUCUGUUCUUACAUGGCUGUUAAAAGAAAGUCUGGGUGGAAAUUCAAAAACUGCAAUGAUUGCUACAAUUAGUCCCGCUGCCAGCAACGUAGAAGAAACAUUAAGCACACUUAGAUAUGCUAACCAAGCCCGUUUAAUAGUGAACAUUGCCAAAGUAAAUGAAGAUAUGAAUGCUAAGUUAAUUAGAGAAUUGAAGGCAGAAAUUGAAAAGCUAAAAGCUGCUCAGAGAAACAAUCGGAAUAUUGACCCGGAACGAUACAGACUCUGUCGGCAAGAAAUAACAUCCUUAAGAAUGAAACUGCAUCAACAGGAGAGAGACAUGGCAGAAAUGCAAAGAGUAUGGAAAGAAAAGUUUGACCAAGCUGAAAAAAGAAAACUUCAAGAAACAAAAGAGUUACAGAAAGCAGGAAUUACAUUUCAAAUGGACAAUCAUUUGCCAAACCUUGUUAAUCUGAAUGAAGAUCCACAGCUAUCAGAGAUGCUGCUAUAUAUGAUAAAAGAAGGAACAACUACAGUCGGAAAGUACAAACCAAACUCAAGCCAUGAUAUUCAGUUAUCUGGGGUGCUGAUUGCUGAUGAUCAUUGUACUAUCAAAAAUUUUGGUGGAACAGUGAGUAUUAUCCCAGUUGGGGAAGCAAAGACAUACAUAAAUGGAAAACGUAUUUUGGAACUCACAGUAUUACAUCAUGGUGAUCGAGUGAUUCUUGGUGGAGAUCAUUAUUUUAGAUUUAACCAUCCAGUAGAAGUCCAGAAAGGAAAAAGGCCAUCUGGAAGAGAUCCUGUUAUAAGCGAGGGUCCAAAAGACUUCGAAUUUGCAAAAAAUGAGUUGCUCAUGGCACAGAGAUCAGAACUCGAAGCAGAAAUGAAAGAGGCACAGUUGAAGGCCAAGGAAGAAAUGAUGCAAGGGAUCCAGAUUGCAAAAGAAAUGGCUCGGCAGGAGCUUGCCUCCCAAAGAGCUGUGUAUGAGACCAAGAUAAACGCGCUGGAGGCAGAACUGAGAGAAGAGUCUCAAAGGAAAAAAAUGCAGGAAAUAAAUAACCAGAAGGCUAAUCACAAAAUUGAGGAAUUAGAAAAGGCAAAACAGCAUCUUGAACAGGAAAUAUAUGUCAACAAAAAGCGAUUAGAAAUGGAGACUUUGGCUACAAAACAGGCUUUAGAAGAUCAUAGCAUCCGCCAUGCAAGAAUUCUGGAAGCUUUAGAAACUGAAAAGCAAAAAAUUGCUAAAGAAGUACAAAUUCUACAGCAGAAUCGGAGUAAUAGGGAUAAAACUUUUACAAUGCAGACAACUUGGAGCUCCCUGAAACUCUCAGUGAUGAUUCAGGAAGCCAAUGCUAUUAGCAGCAAAUUGAAAACAUACUAUGUUUUUGGCAGACAUGAUGUAUCAGAUAAAAGUAGUUCUGACACUUUUAUUCGGGUUCGUAACCUAAAACUAGGAAUCUCAACAUUCUGGAGUCUGGAAAAGUUUGAAUCUAAACUUGCAGCAAUGAAAGAACUUUAUGAGAGUAACGGUAGUAACAGGGGUGAAGAUGUCUUUUGUGAUCCUGAAGACGAAUGGGAACCCGACAUUACAGAUGCAGCAGUUUCUUCACUUUCUAAAAGGAGGAGCAGGAGUUUGAUGAAGAAUAGAAGAAUUUCUGGUUGUUUACAUGAUAUACAAGUCCACCCAAUUAAGAAUUUGCAUUCUUCACAUUCAUCAGGUUUAAUGGACAAAUCAAAUACCAUUUACUCAAAUUUGGCAGAGUCAUUUCUUCCUGGAAUUUGCAAAGAAUUGAUUGGUUCUUCAUUAGAUUUUCUUGGACAGAGUUAUGAUGAAGAAAGAACUAUAGCAGAUAGCCUAAUGAAUAGUUUUCUUAAAAUUUAUAAUGGGCUACUUGCCAUUGCCAAGGCUCACGAAGAACAAGAUGAAGAAAGUCAAGAUAACUUGUUUUCUUCUGAUCGAGCAACCCAGGCACUUACUAUUCAGACUGCAUGUGCUUUUGAGCAGCUAGUGGUGCUGAUGAAACACUGGCUGAGUGAUUUACUGCCUUGUACCAACAUAGCAAGACUUGAGGAUGAACUGAGACAAGAAGUUAAAAAACUGGGAGGCUACUUACAGUUAUUUUUGCAGGGAUGCUGUUCGGAUAUUUCAUCAAUGAUAAAAGAGGCCCAAAAGAAUGCAAUCCAAAUUGUACAUCAGGCUGUGAAGUAUGUGGGGCAGUUAGCAGUUCUGAAAGGGAGCAAGCUACAUUUUCUGGAAAACAGUAACAAUAAAACUGCCAGCGUCCAGGAGGAAUUCAUGGAUGCUAUUUGUGAUGGUGUAGGCUUGGGAGUGGAAAUUUUAUUAGAUUCUGGACUAGAAAAAGCAAAAGAACUUCAGCAUGAACUCUUAAGGCAAUGUACAAAAAAUGAGGUUACCAAAGAAAUGAAAACAAGUGCCAUGGGAUUGAUUAGAUCUCUUGAAAACAUCUUUGCUGAAUCGAAAAUUAAAAGUUUCAGAAGGCAGGUACAAGAAGAACACUUUGGAUACCAAGAUUUCAAGAAGAUGGUUAACUGUGCUCCAGAAUUCUUAAAGUUACAACAUUGCUUAGAGAAAACUAUUGAAGUUGUUAUUUCUGCACUGAAAGGAUGCAGUGGUGACGUAAAUCUUCUUCAGAAUUGUGUUGAAAGUAUUUGCAACUUGGCCAGUGAUUUUUACAGAGACCUCAGUGUGCCCUCUACUUCUGUUGACAGCCAUGAGGGUAGAGUAACUCACGUUGUCCACAAGGAACUAGAAUCUCUAGCUAAGUCUCUUCUCUUUUGUUUUGAAUCUGAAGAUAGACCUGAUUUGUUGAAACCCUGGGAAACUUAUCAUCAAAAUACCGAAGAAGAAAACCAACAAUCUAAAUCAAGUGGGAUUGACGGCAGUAAGAAUAAAGGUGUACCAAAGCAUGUCUAUGAACUCCAUGGCUCAUCCCCAGCAGUGAGCUCAGAGGAAUGCACACCCAGUAGGAUUCAGUGGGUGUGAAUGUUGACAUGUAAGCACUUUUAUGACCACCAGGGUAUAAAGAGAAAUCAGUACAGAUAUUUCAAAAAAGUCCAUGUCUUUUUAUCUUUAAAAUAUUU